AUGACUGCCCAAUCCCUGGGGCAAGCUUCCAAGCUUCCCAGCUGCAUCCAACUGCUGGGAAGGUGGCUGUACAACUGUCCGUCGGCCUCCUUGCCUUCGUUGUCGGGCUUCAACUACGCCUCCAAGAACGCCAGUGUUACGCCGUCGAGUGAAAUAUUACCGAUCUUCGUCAUCGACUCAAUGUGGCAACCAGCAUGGGAGACAAACUGGAGUACUUGCCGCGCGGCGUAUGCGAGGGACUCGCCACGGCGCCGCUGGACCGACAACGGCGUCGGAGGCAGAAACUUGACGCAGGAAGUUUGCGCAUAA